ACAAUUUGGAAGACUCGAACGUUCUUGUAAUUGACAAGUUGAUUUCACAUCGGACGGAUUUCUUCACUUCAGAGUUUAUUCGUAUUUUAUCAAAAUGCAGCAAGAUGAAGUUACAUGGAAUAUCAUGAGUAAGCAGUUCUGCUGCUUCCAAGUGAAGACACAAACGCAGAACUUCUGCCGCAACGAGUACAACCUCACCGGAUUCUGUUCCAAGCGGGUCUGUUCGAUCGCCAACAGCCAGUACGCGACAGUGCGCGAAGAAAAUGGUAUCAUAUUUCUGUACAUGAAGACGGCCGAACGCAAUCCAUUUCCGGCAAAACAUUGGGAGAAGGUAAGGCUUUCGCGCAACUACGCUAAAGCUAUUUACCAGAUCCAUGAGAAUCUACUGUUUUGCGAUCGUUGGGUCCUGAACAAAUGCAAGCAGCGGUUUAAGAAAAUUUCGCAGUACCUAAUCCGCACGCGUCGGCUGCGGUUACGUCGGCAGAAGAUGCUAGUGCCGUUGGUGACGAAGAUCGAGCGACGGGAACAGCGUCGGGAGGAGAAAGCCCUGGUAGCGGCUCGUAUCGAAAACAAGAUUGAGAAGGAACUGAUGGAGCGGUUGAAGAUGGGUAUGUACAAUGAUGUGUACAACUAUUCGUCGGCUGCAUUCGAACAAGCGUUAGUUCCGGAGGAGUUAGACGAGGACUGUGAAAUGAAUGAGGAGUUGGAAGAGGUUCAGGAGCUGGAACAGGAGUACGUGGAGGACUACAAUUCAGACACGGAAAGCGAAUCGGGAGUGUCGAAACACACUCAGAUGGACAGCGACUUUGAAUCAGACGAUUGUUUGGACAUCGAGGAGAGUUUGUCGAAGAUUUCUCUUGUAAUGGCGAAAUCCGAAUCAAAAGCUGACGGCUUUACUUCCGCUAGAGCUGCAAAGAAGCGUAAAACUACAAAGCUUGAGUUUGAAUAUGAAUUAGAAGCUGGUCCAUCCAAGAGCAAGAGAGUACGGGAUUAAGGUGGGAUUAUCGGAUUAUUAUCAUUUUCAACAACGCAGCUACUAUAUGGUUUUAGUCUAUUAAGUAUUUUCAAUUUGAUGGCUUUCCGUCCUAUAUAUCAGUCAUAUCCUAUGGCUGAAAAAACUAUGAAGUAUUGCGCAUCUCCAAAUAGGCUGUGACCAGCCCAAAUUAUACUGAGUAAUAACAAUAUGUCAUGUAACGAACAAUAAAACAGUUCCCCAUCAUGCAUCCAUAACUAAACUUACACCAUGGCUGUACCUGUCUUAAUCAAUCCAAAUCCAUAAUGAACGCGUUUCAAAUAUUUCCGCCAUCCAAAAAAAAAAUGGUUGAUGAGACUCACUCCUCCGAAUCGAUCUAGUUCGGUGGCAUAACAGGGAGCAUCAGCCGGAGAACGCACCACACGCAGGAUGAUGAGCGGAUGAUUAAGCUUUGCGCGAAACAAAUCAUUCGUUGGUGGGAACAAAAAUUGCCAACUCCAUUACUUCAUCACCGCCGCCAUCACCGAUCUGCUGUCCGAAAGACGUGCGCGUACGCCUGCCGGUUGCGUAUGCGAGUGCGGUACGAUCUGCUUGAUUGUUGGUUGUGUGAUUUGCACUGCUAUCUGCAGAUGGAUCGAGCAAUCUCGUUAUCGAAUAUUACUCGCGAUCAGGCUUAUCGGUGAGGGUGUGAUUUUACCGAUAACUUUGCCACAGCAGUGAUAAUGGAAAAGCUUUCAUGGGUUUUGAUUACCCAACGGAUGUAGUUUCGGCGAUAAAGGUAUAAGCGAACCUUGUUAAGGGCUUGUUAGGAUUCGGAAAUAAUUCCAUAAUAGCUACACAAAGCACAUCAUCCUGUAGCACUUGAUGAGUGAGCGGGUUACGGUUUGAUUUAAUCAUACAAUUAUUACAUAUUUGUUGCACAAUGGGUACUUG